AUGCAGCAAUAUGGUGUUCGCCGUCUCUUGGCCCUCGGCACAACCGCUAUUUAUUGUCCUGAUGACCGAACUUCCAUUUCGCGCGCCCUUAUCGCCGGGCUUAUCCGGAUCAUCGCAAACAGCAGCUACCAUAGUAUUUUGGCCAUCCAAGAAUACUUCGAAUCUGUCAAUGAUCCAUCGGUCGAGUGGAUGGUAUACCGCCUGGGAUGGCUGUCUGGUACGAGUGAUGCAACUGCCUGGUCAGAUGAUCGGAACCAAGGCGAGGCCUAUGCUGGGCCGGACGUGCAGUGGGCACACAAAAUGCCGGCUGUUAGUAACCUUGGAAAAUAA